GGAGAGGCUGGAGGGUGAUAACAUCCACAUGCGGGUGCAGAGAAGCCGCCAGAAGCCAGACUUCAAACACAGAGACAGGACGCACUGACAAGCACACAGGCACACAGGGAGAGAAACACACAGACACUGACACAGAGACGUAGAAAGAGAAGUACAUUACGAAACAAACAGAAACGGAUGCAGAUAAAGGCUCAGACGGAGAAGAAAGAAAGACAUCCAUCCAUCCUCCAAAGUGCCAGGCCACGCUGACCUGCGGACCCACCUUUGGGUUCUUGCUCAUGGGCAUCAGAAGAGCCUCCGUACCUGAGCCCAAAACCAGCACCACUACCUGCAGCAGGACCUUCCCAGCCCAGCUCUGAAUGUGACCCGCGCUGGAAUACUCUGAUACCCACACGGAAAAGAGAGAGAGAGAGAGCAGAGACGAACAAGAGAGAGAGAGACUGACAGAGAGGCUGGGAGCAUCUUCAUACCCUUUGGGAUAAAAGAUGUAUUGGAAGGUGGUGCUGUCAGUAAUGCUGGCUGGUGUUCUAUUCGCUGUGGGGGAAUCCAGGAAGAACCGCCCCCAGGGCUCCAUCCCUUCUCCUUUUAAGGGGAACAGCAACACCUCUGACCGCCGCACACGCAAACAGGAAGUGUUGGCCUCCAGCCAGGAAGCACUGGUCGUCACAGAGAGGAAAUACUUGAAGAGUGACUGGUGCAAGACGCAGCCCUUACGGCAGACGGUGAGCGAGGAGGGCUGCGUGAGUCGCACCGUCAUCAACCGCUUCUGCUACGGACAGUGCAACUCCUUCUACAUCCCCCGGCACGUCAAGAAGGAGGCCGAGUCCUUCCAGUCCUGCGCCUUCUGCCGGCCGCACAAGUUCACCACGCUCACCGUGGAGCUGGACUGCCCCGAUCUCCAGCCGCCCUUCCGCCACCGUAAGAUCCAGCGGGUGAAGCAGUGCCGCUGCAUAUCCGUCAGCGUGGGGGACGUCGGCAAGCAGUGACCAGGUCUGAGGCCGAGGUCAAGCUCUAGUAUGGACCGCGACGGUGGGAGUGUGGACUGCAGACGCGGGGCCCCUGCUGUGUAUAGGCUACCUUUAUAUACCCUUGACCAGCCUACACUGCCACGCUCGGGUUUCUGGGUCUAUGAACACGCUUCCUCCCCAAGAGCUCUUCUGAGGAGCCCCAAGUCCUCUCACAAAGACACUUGUCCGUACACCCUGAGUGUAUGAGGGUGAAAACACCAAGUUUGAUGUUUAUGACUUUCUUUACAAUUAAACAUACAGUGCCAAAAAAAAUAUAUCCUCAGAAAAGGACCGUUUUAAAAACAAGAAACAUCAGACCUCUCCCAACAAAAAGAGACAUUGAAGAGGCCAAGAUUCGCAUCAACUUCUGAGACAGACUAUGAAAGACAUUCCACAGCAGAUUGAAGGCCGUAUGAUUGACCCCUGAAUAUUAACUCCUGUAGUUCACCUGGUUCUGGGUAUCUGAGUAUUUCGUGUGAGCAUCACAGACUAACAGAGUAUGAUCUGCCAUCCACCCCUCCAUGCACCUCUGAACUGUGACUG